CUCUCCCCUUCUUGUCCAUACGCUCUCCUCGCUGUAUCGCUUGUUUGCGCUCGCCAUCUCUAUUCGUCUCUGUAUUCCCGAGUUUUUGUUCUGAUUCUUCCAACUGUGGGCGUGUCGAGUGGCCACCUCUCUUCCAAGAGAGCCGCCGUGCAGCGGGAGGCCCCCGCCCAUUGCUUUUUCUUCAAUCACGAUUCUCACCAAUAAAUUCGGGGCUCUGUGAAAGGUGAGGAAGGAUCAACAGAAGAAUCUAGACAACUGAAAAACUCGUGAAACGGAUAACUUUUCAAGAUGAGGCUCUUAACCCACAACAUGCUUUCGUCAAACAUUAAGGGAGUAACCAAUGGCUUCCCGCUUGGCAUUGUGGUAGAGAAAGUAAUUGAGAAGCCAGUGGAGAUGAAUCCUGACUUCCUCAAGAAUAUGUUCGCCAAGAUUGAGUGGAAAGCUCUCGUGGAUGCAUCUCGGUCCAUGGGCUACGCCGAGCUUCCUGACCAGGUGGAUUCCUCAAUGCUCGAUUCUGUCGAAUUUCUGCAGAGGUUUCAUCAUGCCCUUUUAGAGCUCCACCUUGAAGAAGGCGCAUUGGUUUGCCCAGAGACUGGGAGGAAGUUUCCUGUCAACAAGGGAAUACCCAACAUGCUCCUCCAUGAAGAUGAGGUCUGAUUUUAGUUGAAUCGACUUGACUCGGUUGUGCCAUAUGUGAAGCAAGCUUUAGUGAAAUGUUAUGUUAGGUGGAGGUGCAAAUUAGUUAACCAUCAAUUACUUCGCCUGUCUAUCUGGAGACUUGGGGUUUUGUGGUACAUGGUCUAAUUGAAUGAUGCCAGAGGGUUUAAUAGCAGAAAGAGCUUGCAAUGCUGUUUGAGUCAGAUGUAAUUAUUGUUGCAAAGUGUUUUACCUGAUUAAGUCUUUAUGAGUUAUCUCUCGACCUUUGAGGUAUACUUUGGUCAUGCCAAUCUACGAUUACUGGGUCCAGAUAGUGAUGUUAUCUCUCUUCAUUUUUUUUCGGUGUUGUGUC